UGAAGAAAACGGGGUAUUUUCUGGAGGCUUAUAUUCUGCCUUUGUUGUCUCUUCUUGAAGUAUUAUAAAUCAGGAUGUCUGCACAGUCAGUGGAAGAAGAUUCAAUACUUAUCAUCCCGCCUCCAGAUGAAGAUGAAAAAAUUCUGAGAGUAAAGUUGGAGGAGGAUCCUGAUGGUGAAGAGGGAUCAAGUAUUCCUUGGAACCAUCUCCCUGACCCAGAGGUUUUUCGACAGCGAUUCAGGCAGUUUGGAUACCAGGAUUCACCUGGGCCCCGUGAAGCUGUGAGCCAGCUCCGAGAACUUUGUCGUCUAUGGCUUAGGCCAGAGACACACACGAAAGAACAAAUCUUAGAGCUGGUUGUGCUGGAACAGUUUGUUGCCAUCCUACCCAAGGAGCUACAGACUUGGGUUCGCGAUCAUCAUCCAGAGAAUGGAGAGGAGGCAGUGACAGUGCUAGAGGAUUUGGAGAGUGAACUUGAUGACCCUGGACAGCCGGUUUCUCUCCGUCGACGAAAACGGGAAGUGCUAGUAGAGGAGAUAGUAUCUCAAGAAGAAGCUCAGGGGUUACCAAGUUCUGAGCUUGAUGCUGUGGAGAACCAGCUCAAAUGGGCAUCCUGGGAGCUCCAUUCCCUCAGGCACUGUGAUGAUGAUGCUAGGACUGAAAAUGGAGCUUUAGCGCCAAAGCAGGAGACUCCUUCAGCAGUAGAAUCUCAUGAAACUCCUGGCAUACUCAAUAUGGGUGUUCCUCAGAUUUUUAAAUAUGGAGAAGGCUGUUUUCCCAAGGGCAGGUUUGAAAGAAAGAGAAAUCCCUCUCGAAAGAAACAACAUAUAUGUGAUGAAUGUGGAAAACACUUCAGUCAGGGCUCAGCCCUUAUUCUUCAUCAAAGAAUUCACAGUGGGGAGAAACCUUACGGAUGUGUUGAGUGUGGGAAAGCAUUCAGCCGAAGUUCCAUCCUUGUGCAACACCAGAGAGUCCAUACUGGAGAAAAACCUUACAAAUGUCUUGAAUGUGGGAAAGCCUUUAGCCAGAAUUCUGGGCUUAUUAAUCACCAGAGAAUACAUACUGGGGAGAAACCUUAUGAAUGUGUUCAGUGUGGGAAAUCCUAUAGUCAAAGCUCCAAUCUUUUUAGACAUCAGAGAAGACACAAUGCAGAAAAACUUCUGAAUGUUGUGAAAGUUUAAGGAAUUAAAAAAGAAAAUUAGCACUCAGGUCUUUUUCUUCAGAAAUGAAGACAAAAUUAAAAACAUGAAAUGAUACAGAAUAGGUUUUUCCCUAUUCACUGUCCGAAGAUCCACUGGGAAAUGUAAAAAUUCUUCACUUAACCAUUAUUAUUUUAUCUGAAAAGAAAUGGUGUCAUACCUGCCUAGAAACUGAAAAUUUAAACUUAAUUCAGGUGUUAAUGACUAAAUUUUCUGUGUAAUGUUUAUAUUCUCUAUUAUUUUUCCAAGUAAUGAGCUACUUGAUUC